AAAUGACUUUCCACACAAAACUGGCUGAGAAAUGUAAAUCAUUAACGCUAUUUUUUUUUCAUGGGUUUUUAAAAUGGGCUUCAGGAUUAGUGAAGAAAAUGCAGCACAGCAUAUGUUAUUGUUCUGGAAUUUUUUUUAAUAGAAAGCCCUGCUUUUCAGCAUUCCCCCUUCAGUGGAGUCACUUAGACACUUCCAGCUGGUGGCAGGGGAUACAGCCAUAAUACAGCUUUCUCUGUCCCAGCUGUCUUUUUCAUUACGUUAAAUGCAUUACGAUGGCUGCAGUGUUUUAUAAAGGUUCAGGUACAGAAAGGUACAGGAAGAAAUCUGCAACUAUGUAUUUUUGUAGUGACUGCAAGCUUCUGUGAGAUCUCUGAAUCCUGAAUGUGUUCCUGGCUCUGGUCACAGAUUUCCUUCCAGUCAUUGGAACAUUUGCUGUAAGGGCUGGUUAAAGGUGCCUGAGGAAAUCACCUUUUACAAGGGAGCAUUGUUGUAAAGGAUUUCUAAUGCAUUAUGGCUCACGCAGCAUCACAGUUAAAGAAAAACAGGGAUUUAGAAAUUAAUGCUGAUGAAGAAACUGAGAAAAAAAGAAAACACAGGAAAAGAUCCCGGGAUCGGAAGAAAAAGUCUGACACGAACGCAAGUUACUUGAGAGCUGCUCGAGCUGGCAACUUGGAAAAGGCUCUUGACUACUUAAAAAGUGGAGUGGACAUCAACAUUUCUAAUCAGAAUGGGUUGAAUGCUCUCCAUCUUGCUUCCAAAGAAGGGCACGUAGAAGUUGUCUCUGAACUGAUACAGCGAGGUGCCAGCGUGGAUGCAGCGACAAAGAAAGGAAACACAGCAUUGCACAUAGCAUCCCUCGCUGGGCAAGCAGAAGUAGUCAAAGUGUUGGUUACAAAUCGGGCCAAUGUCAACGCACAGUCUCAGAAUGGUUUCACUCCACUGUAUAUGGCAGCCCAAGAAAACCACCUGGAGGUUGUUAAGUUUCUUCUUGACAAUGGUGCCAGUCAAAGCCUUGCCACAGAGGAUGGUUUCACACCUUUGGCAGUAGCUUUGCAGCAAGGUCAUGACCAGGUGGUUUCGCUGUUGCUUGAAAAUGAUACAAAGGGAAAAGUCCGUCUUCCUGCUCUUCACAUCGCCGCUCGGAAGGAUGAUACAAAGGCAGCAGCUUUGCUCCUGCAGAAUGACCACAAUGCUGAUGUGGAGUCAAAGAUGAUGGUGAAUAGAACAACAGAGAGUGGGUUCACGCCCCUCCACAUAGCUGCUCACUAUGGAAAUAUCAAUGUAGCUACAUUGCUGUUAAAUCGGGGUGCUGCUGUGGACUUCACUGCAAGGAAUGAUAUCACACCGUUGCACGUUGCAUCGAAGAGGGGAAAUGCAAAUAUGGUCAAACUCCUACUUGAUCGAGGAGCUAAAAUUGAUGCCAAAACAAGGGAUGGGUUGACUCCCCUCCACUGUGGAGCAAGGAGUGGCCAUGAACAAGUUGUAGAAAUGCUGCUGGAUCGUGGUGCCCCUAUUCUUUCCAAAACCAAGAAUGGUUUGUCUCCGCUGCACAUGGCAACACAAGGAGAUCAUCUAAACUGUGUUCAGCUCCUGAUCCAGCACAACGUGCCUGUAGAUGACGUCACUAAUGACUAUCUGACUGCGCUGCAUGUUGCUGCCCACUGUGGCCACUACAAAGUAGCCAAGGUUCUCUUGGACAAGAAAGCUAAUCCUAAUGCCAAAGCACUGAAUGGUUUUACACCUCUGCACAUUGCCUGCAAGAAGAACAGAAUAAAAGUAAUGGAACUUCUUCUGAAGCAUGGUGCAUCAAUUCAAGCUGUGACUGAGUCGGGCCUAACUCCAAUCCACGUUGCUGCCUUCAUGGGACAUGUAAAUAUUGUAUCGCAGCUAAUGCAUCAUGGAGCAUCACCCAACACUACCAACGUGAGAGGAGAAACAGCGCUGCACAUGGCUGCCAGAGCUGGCCAAACAGAGGUUGUUCGAUACCUAGUACAGAAUGGAGCUCAGGUGGAGGCUAAAGCUAAGGAUGACCAAACACCACUGCACAUUUCUGCUCGACUGGGAAAAGCAGAUAUAGUACAGCAGCUGCUACAGCAAGGAGCAUCUCCAAAUGCAGCUACAACCUCUGGCUAUACGCCCCUGCAUCUCUCUGCUCGAGAAGGGCAUGAAGAUGUAGCUUCUGUUCUUUUGGAUCAUGGUGCAUCUUUGGCUAUCAUUACCAAGAAAGGAUUUACUCCUCUACAUGUGGCUGCAAAAUACGGGAAAAUUGAGGUAGCAAACCUCUUGCUUCAGAAGAAUGCAUCUCCUGAUGCUUCUGGAAAGAGCGGUUUAACACCACUGCAUGUAGCUGCACACUACGAUAAUCAAAAAGUGGCACUCCUGCUGUUGGACCAGGGAGCUUCACCUCACGCAUCUGCCAAGAAUGGCUACACGCCACUACACAUAGCUGCCAAGAAAAACCAGAUGGACAUAGCAACUACACUGUUGGAAUACGGUGCUGAUGCCAAUGCUGUAACCAGACAGGGUAUUGCCCCUGUACAUCUGGCCUCUCAGGACGGCCACGUGGACAUGGUGUCCUUACUUCUUUCUAGAAAUGCUAAUGUAAAUCUCAGCAACAAGAGCGGGCUGACACCACUCCACCUGGCUGCACAAGAGGACAGAGUCAAUGUAGCAGAAGUUCUUGUUAACCAAGGAGCUGCUGUUGAUUCACAGACAAAGAUGGGAUACACUCCUUUGCAUGUUGGCUGCCACUACGGAAACAUAAAGAUUGUUAACUUCCUUCUGCAACAUUCUGCAAAAGUCAAUGCCAAAACGAAGAACGGGUACACGCCGCUGCACCAGGCUGCACAGCAGGGGCACACCCACAUCAUCAACGUCCUGCUCCAGCACGGCGCGGCACCCAACGAGCUCACUGUGAAUGGAAACACUGCCCUUGCCAUCGCAAAGCGACUUGGCUACAUUUCAGUCGUUGACACGUUGAAGGUGGUGACAGAAGAGACCAUGACUACAAUUACUGUUACAGAAAAGCACAAAAUGAAUGUACCCGAAACGAUGAAUGAAGUUCUCGAUAUGUCUGAUGAUGAAGUUCGUAAAGCCAAUGCCCCUGAAAUACUCAGUGAUGCUGAAUAUUUGUCAGAUGUUGAAGAAGGUGAGGAUGCAAUGACAGGUGAUACGGAUAAAUAUCUUGGACCCCAGGAUCUAAAAGAGUUGGGAGACGAUUCUUUGCCCGCUGAAGGAUACAUGGGCUUUAGCCUGGGAGCCCGCUCUGCCAGUCCAAAAGUCAGCCUCCGCUCCUUCAGUUCGGAUAGGUCCUACACGCUGAACAGAAGCUCUUAUGCCCGAGACAGCAUGAUGAUCGAAGAGCUGCUGGUACCGGCAAAGGAUCAGCACCUGACAUUUCAAAGGGAGUUUGAUUCUGAUUCUCUCAGACACUACAGCUGGGCUGCAGACACCUUGGACAACGUUAACCUUGUUUCAAGUCCCAUCCAUUCUGGUUUCCUGGUUAGUUUUAUGGUUGAUGCCCGUGGGGGCUCAAUGAGAGGUAGUCGCCAUCAUGGAAUGCGGAUUAUCAUCCCACCACGCAAGUGCACCGCACCGACCCGCAUCACCUGCCGCUUGGUGAAGAGGCACAAACUGGCCAGCCCACCACCAAUGGUUGAAGGAGAAGGAUUAGCAAGUAGACUUGUAGAAAUGGGGCCAGCAGGGGCACAAUUUCUAGGUAAACUGCAUCUUCCUAAAACUCCUCCCCCUCUAAAUGAGGGCGAGAGCAUGGUUAGCCGAAUCCUGCAGCUUGGUCCACAAGGAACAAAAUUUAUUGGCCCUGUCAUAGUGGAAAUCCCACAUUUUGGAUCAAUGCGAGGAAAGGAAAGAGAAUUAAUCGUACUUCGAAGUGAAAAUGGUGAAACAUGGAAGGAACACCAGUAUGACAGCAAACAUGAAGACUUAACUGAAAUACUCAAUGGCAUGGAUGAAGAGCUGGACAGUGUUGAGGAGCUAGAGAAGAAGCGUAUCUGCAGGAUCGUCACAAAGGAUUUCCCUCAGUACUUCGCAGUGGUCUCACGAAUCAAGCAGGAGAGUAACCAAAUCGGCCCAGAGGGAGGGGUGCUGAGCAGCACAACAGUGCCGCGCGUCCAGGCAUCCUUCCCUGAGGGUGCUCUAACCAAAAGAAUCCGCGUGGGGCUCCAGGCUCAACCAGUUCCAGAGGAGAUCGUUAAAAAAGUCCUUGGAAAUAAAGCGACUUUCAGUCCCAUCGUCACUGUGGAGCCAAGAAGAAGAAAAUUUCAUAAGCCAAUAACCAUGACAAUUCCUGUGCCACCUCCAUCAGGAGAAGGUGUAACCAAUGGGUACAAAGGAGACACGACGCCCAGCCUUCGACUUCUAUGUAGCAUUACAGGAGGUACUUCACCGGCACAGUGGGAGGACAUCACAGGCACCACUCCGCUGACAUUUUCAAAUGACUGUGUCUCAUUCACAACCAAUGUUUCAGCCAGAUUUUGGCUUGCAGACUGCCAUCAAGUACUAGAGACUGUUGGGCUGGCAACACAGCUUUAUAGAGAAUUAAUAUGCGUUCCUUACAUGGCAAAGUUUGUUAUAUUUGCCAAAAUGAAUGACCCUGUGGAAUCCAAUUUGCGUUGCUUCUGCAUGACUGAUGACAAAGUGGACAAAACUUUGGAGCAACAAGAGAAUUUUGAAGAAGUUGCAAGAAGCAAAGACAUUGAGGUUCUGGAAGGAAAACCUAUUUACGUUGAUUGCUAUGGAAACCUGGCCCCUUUGACUAAAGGAGGACAGCAGCUUGUUUUUAAUUUUUAUGCUUUCAAAGAAAAUAGACUGCCAUUCUCUAUCAAGGUAAGAGACACCAGCCAGGAACCUUGUGGACGUUUAUCGUUUUUGAAAGAACCAAAGACUACAAAAGGACUGCCACAAACAGCUGUUUGCAACUUGAAUAUCACUUUGCCAGCACACAAAAAGGAAACAGAGUCAGAUCAAGAUGAUGAGACGGAGAAAGCCGACCGGCGUCAGAACUUUGUCUCCCUUGCUUUACGUAAGCGCUACAGCUAUCUGACUGAGCCUGGAAUGAAAACAGUUGAACGGAGUGCAGGAGCAACAAGAUCCCUACCUGCUACUUACUCAUACAAGCCAUUCUUUUCAACACGGCCAUAUCAGUCAUGGACAACAGCUCCAAUUACAGUGCCUGGGCAAACCAAAUCAGGCUUCACUUCCUUAUCAAGCUCUUCCUCUAACACUCCUACAGCUUCCCCAUUAAAAUCAAUAUGGUCUGUUUCUUCUGCUUCUCCAAUCAAAUCCACAUUAGGAGCUUCUACCACAUCUUCAGUUAAAUCUGUUAGUGAUGUAGCAUCUCCGAUUAGAUCAUUUCGGACAAUCUCUUCACCAAUAAAAACUGUGGUAUCACAGCCUCCAUACAAUAUACAGGUUACUUCAGGCUCUUUCGUCAGAGCUCCUGCAGUGACAGAAGCUGCUAGCCUAAAAGGGCUGGCAUCCACUACCACAUUCCCCUCUCGGACAUCUCCAGUGACUACAGCAGGGUCUCUCUUGGAGAGAUCAUCCAUAACCAUGACGCCUCCAGCAUCCCCCAAAUCCAACAUUAACAUGUACUCUUCAAGUUUGCCUCUUAAAUCGGUCAUCACAUCAGCAUCCUCACUUUUAUCGUCCCCUCUAAAGUCAGUGGUGUCACCUGCUAAGUCAGCAGUUGAUGCUGUUUCAUCCUCUAAGGUCAUGAUGGCCUCGUCUCUCUCGUCGCCAGCAAAACAUGUAGCUGGGCACACAGAUGUACCAUUGCUUAAUGGAUCUGUGUCACCUCUGAAAUACCCAUCUUCUUCCAACCUAAUAAAUGGAUCCAAAGCUGCAGCUGUUUUUCAAGACAAGAUCACUGCAGCUGCACAUUCUGCAAGUUGUGCUGCUAGCGCAGUUGCUGACACAGCUGAGAGAGUGUUUUCAACUGCUUCAACAAUGUCAUUUUCUCCACUCAGGUCAUUUGUGUCUUCAGCACCAUCAGCUUUCCAGUCAAUAAGAACUCCUCCUGCAGGUGCUUUGUAUACAGCCCUUGGGUCAAUAUCAGCAACUACCUCAUCCGUAACUUCAUCAACAAUAACAGUGCCAGUAUAUUCUGUAGUCAAUGUUUUGUCUGAACCAGCACUAAAGAAGCUCCCAGAGUCAUCUCCACUUACAAAAUCAGCUGCUGCGUUGCUGUCACCUAUUAAAACAUUGACUACAGAGGCACGCACACAGCCUCCCUAUAAUCGAACUUCUUCUCCAAUAAAAUCAUCCUUGUUCUUAACACCCUCUGCUCUCAAAUUGUCCACACCAUCUUCUUUAUCCUCCAGUCAGGAGAUACUGAAAGAUGUUGCUGAAAUGAAGGAGGAUCUAAUAAGAAUGACUGCAAUACUGCAGACAGAUGUCACAGAGGACAAACCGUUCCAACCCGAGAUACCAAAAGAGGGUAGAAUUGAUGAUGAAGAGCCCUUUAAAAUUGUUGAGAAAGUAAAAGAGGACUUAGUAAAAGUUAGUGAGAUACUGAAAAAAGAUGUGUGUUUAGAAAGUAAAGGGUCGGCUAAAGUAUCCAAAAGUGAUCAAGGACACCUAUCUGAGGAUGACUGGGUAGAGUUCAGUACAGAGGAGAUUGAUGAAGCGAGACAGCAAGCUUUGACAACUCCUAUAUCUGUUCCAGAGAAGGUCCAAAUUAAAACUAAAACCAUGUCGGAAAAGGAUUAUAACUUGUCAAAAGUUAUUGAUUACUUAGCAAAUGAUAUUGGUAGCAGUUCAUUAACAAACAUAAAGUACAAGUUUGAAGAGGGGAAAAAAGAAGGUGAAGAGAGACAAAAACGCAUUUUAAAACCAGCUAUUGCUUUGCAGGAACAUAAGCUUAAAAUGCCUCCAGCCUCCAUGAGGCCUUCAACAUCAGAAAAGGAGUUAUGUAAAAUUGCAGAUUCCUUUUUUGGAACAGAUACAAUUUUAGAGUCUCCGGAUGACUUUUCUCAACAUGAUCAAGAUAAAAGUCCCUUAUCUGACAGUGGCUUUGAAACAAGGAGUGAAAAGACACCUUCUGCCCCACAAAGUGCUGAAAGCACAGGACCCAAACCCCUUUUCCAUGAUGUACCCAUCCCUCCCGUCAUUACAGAAACAAGAACUGAAGUAGUUCAUGUAAUCCGCAGCUACGAACCGUCAUCUGAAGAAAUUCCAGAACAGAAAGCAGAGGAACUACCAGCCUCGAAACCUGCACCUACGUUUAUGGAGCUGGAGCAAAAGCCUGCUGGGUCUAUUAAAGAGAAGGUUAAAGCAUUUCAAAUGAAAGCCAGCAGCAGUGAGGAAGAUGACCACAAAUGUGUCCUUAGCAAAGGUGUCCGAGUAAAAGAAGAAACUCAUAUCACUACGACGACUAGAAUGGUUUAUCAUAAACCUCCAUGCACCGAAAGCACAUCUGAAAGAAUUGAGGAAACAAUGUCUGUUCAUGACAUAAUGAAAGCCUUUCAGUCUGGACGUGACCCUUCCAAAGAACUAGCAGGUCUGUUUGAACAUAAAUCAUCAGUAACAUCCGAUGUUAGCAAGUCUGCUGAAACUUCACCACAACAUGCAGAGAAGGACAGCAAAAUGAAACCCAAACUGGAGCGAAUAAUAGAGGUCCAUAUUGAAAAAGGUAAUCAGGCUGAACCUACUGAAGUGAUUAUUAGAGAAACAAAAAAGCAUCCAGAAAAAGAAAUGUAUGUAUAUCAGAAAGACUUACCUCGGGGAGAUAUUAACUUAAAAGAGUUGGAAAAACAUGAUGCUUUUCCUUGUUCAGAUGAACAAGGUCAGCAAGAAGAAGAGGAGCUCACAGCCGAAGAGUCACUUCCUUCUUAUCUGGAAUCCUCUAGAGUUAACACUCCCGUGUCCCAGGAAGAAGACAGUCGCCCUAGUUCUGCUCAACUCAUGUCUGAUGACUCUUACAAAACACUGAAGCUUUUGAGUCAGCACUCAAUAGAAUACCAUGAUGAUGAGUUGUCAGAACUAAGAGGGGAGUCUUACAGGUUUGCUGAGAAAAUGCUUCUUUCAGAAAAGCUAGAUGUUUCUCAUUCUGAUACUGAGGAGUCAGUUACUGACCAUGCUCUACCCCUUAGUGCAGAGUUACAGGGGUCUGAUAAACGAUGCAGAGAAAAAGUAGCUACUGCCCCCAAAAAAGAGAUUCUCUCCAAAAUCUAUAAAGAUGUUUCUGAAAAUGGUGUGGGUAAAAUGUCUAAAGAUGAUCAUUAUGAUAAAGUGACAGUGUUACACUAUACUGGAGAUGUUAGUAGUCCAAAACAUGCGAUGUGGAUGCGCUUUACUGAGGACAGAUUAGACAGAGGUAGAGAAAAGUUGAUAUAUGAAGACAGGGUGGACAGGACUGUUAAGGAGGCAGAAGAAAAACUGACUGAAGUAUCACAGUUUUUUCGGGAUAAAACAGAGAAGUUGAACGAUGAGCUACAGUCUCCAGAGAAAAAGCAGCAUAAAAGAAAUGGUAAAGAAAUACAUUCUAGCCAGAGCUCUGCCAGCAGCAGCCCUGAGAAGGUUCUGCUCUCUGAAUUACCAGCGUCCGGUGAUGAAUGGAGUAAGGCAAAGCAAUACACACAUGAUGGGAAAUGUUUUCCCAAAGUGGAUGAAAGAAAAGUGUCCAGUUUGCCCAGCAGUCCUGAAAAAAGGAUAUUUGUGCAACCAGCAGAGGACUCUAAACAAACUAUGGAACACAAAGGGAGUGCUCAGCAGACUGGAGUACCUGAGGUUUCACAGACUGGAUUUCAGCUGAAGCAAUCAAAGCUCAGUUCCAUUAGGCUAAAGUUUGAACAAAGUAUAAGCCCAAGGAGUAAGGAUCUAACUCAAGAAGAAAAAAAACUGGACAGUCAGUCCAAAAUUCCAGUAAAGAAAUUGCAAGAAAGUAAGUUACCAGUGUAUCAGUUUUAUUCCAGAGAGAAACAUGCAAAACAAGUAGAGCUCGUUGAUGGGAGCGCAGCUUUACAGAAAGAGGUGAAAAUACAGGAAGAUUUUGUUCCAGGUAAAGGAAAAGCUAUAGAAGACUUUUGUGCUUCAGAGACACAAAAGCAAAGAACUGAAACGAGUAAAAGUGUGCCAGAAUACUUUUCAGAACUGCAGACAAAAGACCUGGUGUAUGGCUCAGACUCAACAAAGGGACACUGGGACAAAAAAAUCUAUAGGACAUGGGAAAGUCCUGGAACUUCUAAUCAUAAAACACAAAAAGAAAAACUUUCACAUGUACUGGUUCCAGAUACAGUAAAAGAAAACCAUGUUGAUCAUGUUGAAGCUAAAACUGACAAAAAAAGUGAAUUUAUCACUGUGACAGAGCACAAAUUGGCAGCAAAUGGAAUUCAUUCGGAAGAAGUGAAGGAACUGACUGUAAAAUCUCCCUCAAAAAAGGUCUUAUACAGAGAAUUUGUUGUCAGGGAGGGAGAACAUAACGGUGAAGUAGCUGAUAAAAUAUCCAAAAGGAAAGAAGAAAUUGCUGUGUCCCAUAUUCCAGUCAGGAUUGUUGAGGAGAAGAGAGCCAUGCUUGAUGGAGUUUAUCAACUUUCAGCUAAAGUAUCCCAAUCAGCUGUGAUUAAGGAGAAAGUUGAGAGACAGAUUGAUUAUGUGGAAGAUGAUCAAAUAAAGCAUUCAGAAAUCAGAAAAGUUACCAAGCAGCAGAGCUCAAUAGGUCUAAGUCCUCCUGUUGAGGAAACUGAGUUGUCCCCUAGCAAAUCACCAGAUUCUUUAGAAUUUAGUCCAGGAAAGGAAUCUCCUUUGAGUGACUUAGUUGACCCCAGUGCCAGUGAUUACUUGAAUAAAGUUGCACCAUUAGUAAGUACUGAGGGAGUGAAAGAAAUUAAGACCUUACCUGUUUAUGUCAGUUUUGUUCAAGUAGGAAAGCAAUAUGAGAAAGAGGUGCAACAAGGAAAUAUAAAAAAAAUUGUCAGUCAGGAGAGUAAGACAGUACAAGAGACAAGGGGGACGUUUUACACAGCUAGACAGCAAAAACAACCUCCUUCUCCGCAAGGUAGUCCAGAAGAUGACACCCUAGAACAAGUGUCCUUUAUAGAUAGCUCUGGCAAAAGCCCUUUAACACCAGAAACACCAAGUUCAGAGGAAGUGAGUUAUGAGUUUACAUCUAAAACACCUGACUCACUAAUAGCAUAUAUCCCUGGCAAGCCCAGUCCUAUACCUGAGGUGUCUGAGGAAUCAGAGGAGGAAGCAGAGGCUAAGUCAACCUCUGUAAAACAGGCAGAAGUUGAGGAACCACAAACUGACAAAUCACUACCUAAUCAUAUAAAUAAGGACUCUAACAAAAGACCAAAAGGUAACAGAGUUGCCUACAUUGAAUUUCCUCCUCCUCCACCACUGGAUGCAGACCAAGGCGAGGCAGAAAAGAAGCCCCACUAUUCCACUGAGAGUGAAAUGGAGAUGACAGAAGUGAACUUGCAAGAUGAACAUGACAAAUACCAACUGGCUGAACCAGUUAUAAGAGUGCAGCCACCGUCUCCUGUGCCACCGGGAGCAGAUGUCAGUGACUCCAGUGACGACGAAUCUCUCUAUCAACCAGUUCCGCUUAAAAAAUAUACAUUCAAACUGAAAGAACUAGAAGAUGACCAGAAAGAAACCUCAAAACCCAGAGCCCCCGAAAAGGUUGAGAAACAGAAAGAGUUAGGACAUCCCACUUCUGGGAAACCUAGUGAGUUUGACGUUGGGCUUGAUUCACCCCAGAAUGAUGUAGUGCAAAAUGGGAAUAAUAAUGACCAGUCUGUCACAGAGUGUUCCAUAGCAACCACUGCAGAAUUCUCCCAUGAUACCGAUGCGACUGAGAUUGACUCUCUUGACGGUUAUGAUUUGCAAGAUGAAGAUGAUGGUUUAACUGAGAGUGAUUCUAAACUUGCAGGUCCAGCAGUUGAAACCAAAAAGGACGUAUGGACUACAGAAGGUAUUCUAAAGCAGACUGAUCGCUGCUUUAGCCAGAGUAAACUUGAAGUCAUUGAGGAGGAAGGCAAGGUAGGCCCUGAAGAAGACAAGGUGCCUUCGAAGGGUCAAGCUUCUGAAAAGGCCGGAGAUAAAAGCGAACAGAAGUCAGGGGCACAGUUUUUCACUUUGGAAGGCAGACACCCUGACAGGACUGUGUUUCCCGAUUCGUAUUUCAGUUACAAAGUAGAUGAAGAAUUUGCAACACCUUUCAAAACAGUGGCCACUAAGAGUCUAGAUUUUGACCCAUGGUCCAAUAACCGAGGUGACGACGAAGUGUUUGAGACUAAAUCAAGGGAUGAUGAGGCUAAGCCAUUUGGUCUGGCAGUGGAAGACAGAUCUCAAGCAACAACACCUGAUACAACUCCAGCCAGAACUCCAACAGAUGAAAGUACGCCAACUAGCGAGCCCAACCCCUUCCCAUUUCAUGAAGGGAAGAUGUUUGAGAUGACUCGCAGUGGUGCAAUUGACAUGAGCAAGAGGGAUUUUGUUGAAGAAAGACUCCAAUUUUUUCAGAUUGGUGAGCAUACUUCUGAAGGGAAGUCAGGGGACAAGGGGGAAGGGGAUAAAAGUACAGUCACUGCCAUCACACAGCCACAGGCAGGGGACAACACUGUAGAAACAAACCUAGAGAGACCAGUAGAAACAACAGCAGAUGAACAUAAGCCCAUCAUCCAGGCCAGUGGAGAUUGCAUGGAACAAACACUUGGUAGUAACUCACUGGAAAAAUCAUCGGCAGCAGUAAACGCUUCUAAAGUUGAUCCCAAAUUGCGCACACCAAUUAAAAUGGGAAUUUCUGCUUCCACCAUGACUCUGAAGAAAGAUGGCCCUGGUGAAGUGCCAGAUAAGAUAGAAGCUGUGAUGCCAAGUGGUCAGGGAUUAGAAAAUGAAACCGUAGAAGCGAUUACGAGUUCAGCUUCUAGCCAGACAAGCUGUAGGCAAACAGAAAACACUGAGUUUCCAAAAGAUAAUUUUAAUAACAACAACAAUUUGGAUUCAUCUGCUGUCCCUACAGAUGAUAUUACCUGUAAUAUAGUGCUAAAAGAACAUUUGGAACCAAAAUGUUCCCUGCAGAAAGCUAAUCAAGCGAAAAGCACUUCAGGAAAAGGUACAGGGACAACACAAGGACACAGAGUAAGAGAUAAGCAAAAAGCACACGGAGAGCAGCAAAAGUCAACAGAGUUGGUAGGGACUAGAGGAAAAUCAAAACUUCCUGUAAAGGCCAGCUCAGUAAAAGAAGUCUUGCCACAAAAUAAUGUCCAAAGCAAUGCAGGGAGUAAAGUGAGACGGGCUAUUAAGCCUGACAAAGCAAAACAAGAUAAUUCUCCUCCCUGUCUAGAAGCAAGGUCUAGGAUUCCUGUAAAAAAUACACAUAGGAGCCAUCUAGCUAGAAAACCUCCAGCCCUGCCAAAACAAGAGCAGGUAGAGAAAGAAAAACCAAAACAGCUUCCUUCUAAAUUACCAGUAAAGGUAAGAUCUACCUCCGUCACAAUGACAACAGUUAAAGUAAGAAAAAAUCAGCUUAGGGAGGUAUGUAAACAUUCUAUUGAAUAUUUUAAGGGAAUUAGUGGUGAGACAUUAAAGCUUGUGGAUCGUCUAUCUGAUGAAGAGAAAAAGAUGCAGUCAGAGGUCUCUGAUGAUGAAGAAGACAGUACAUCAAGGAACACAUCAUUAUCAGAAGCUACUCAAGUUUACCAGCCUUCCAUUACAUCGAAGUCUGCUAGAGAUAUGAGAACAGAGGCAGCAUCUAUAAAAUCAAAGAUUGAAAAGGCCGACAGUGAGAGGAGGAGGAGUAAGAGGACUGGUCCACAGAGUCCAUGUGAACGGACAGAUAUAAGGAUGGCAAUUGUAGCCGAUCACCUAGGACUUAGCUGGACAGAACUGGCAAGAGAACUGAAUUUUUCUGUGGAUGAAAUAAAUCAAAUCCGAGUAGAAAACCCAAAUUCUCUUAUUGCUCAAAGCUUCAUGUUAUUAAAAAAAUGGGUUACCAGAGAUGGGAAAAAUGCUACAACUGAUGCCUUAACUUCUGUAUUGACAAAAAUUAAUCGAAUAGAUAUUGUGACCCUAUUGGAAGGACCAAUAUUUGAUUAUGGAAAUAUUUCAGGCACCAGAAGUUUUGCAGAUGAAAAUAACGUUUUUCACGAUCCCAUUGAUGGUUGGCAAACCGACUCGUCAAGUGUCACUGAGCCACCAACGUCGGGACGCAGAAUAGGUGGUAGCCUGCUAGAUCGUCUGGAUGAUAGCUCGGACCAAUGUAGGGAUUCUGUUACCUCAUAUGUCAAAGGAGAAGCAGGGAAGCCGGAAACAAAUGGAAGCCUCUCUGAAUCCACAGCCGAGAUGAAAACCAAAUCCUAUGUCCAAGAAUCUUUAAACGAUGUGGGAAAACACAGUGACAAAGAAACCCUGAAAACAAAGCCUCAACUUUCAGCUGGUACUGAUGAGCAAACGUUAUCAUCAACAGCAUAUCAGAAAUCUUUGGAUGAAACUAGCAAGCCAACAACAGAAGGCAACAAAACAUCUGUGCCUGUCAGCGUGAAGAAGAUGAGCUGGAGUUCUUCAGAAGAUGGCAAGCCAAGAGCAAGCAUCCAAGAGGAGGAGGGAGCAGUAAUGUCUGAACAGAAGGAAUAUAGUGACAGUGACAGUGAGAUUCAGAGUGAUUCAAGCUCAGGUGAGGAGCAGAGGAUUACUACAAGAGUUUAUCGACGGCGGUUGAUUUUGAAGGGUGAGGAAGCAAAAAACAUUCCUGGUGAAUCUGUAACAGAGGAGCAGUUUACCGACGAAGAAGGCAACGUCAUCACAAGAAAAAUCACCCGGAAGGUAGUAAGACGUGUUGUUAUCCCACAUGAGAGGAAAGUUGGUCAAAUGCAGGGUGAAGCUUACAAGGUUAAGACAAAGAAAGAAGUCAGACAUGUGGAGAAGAAAAGUUACUCAUGAAAGUUGAAAGCCAACCACUGAACGGACUGUAUGCUUUUACUGCCAGUAUUCUGGAAGAAAAAUCAACAGGAAUUAAACAUUCACCUAUAAAAGUGUGCGUGUGUUUGCUGCUUCCACACAUUAACCGCAUGGAUUUUAUGCAAAAACAAAAACAAAACAACAAAAAAAAAAUUAAUUUAGCAUGAGCCAAUUUACAGAGCAUGGAAAUUCACUUUCAUUCACAGGAUUGGAGAGUGCGCAGUUAACAAUGCAGUGUAUAUACAAGAUGCCAUGCUGUUAACAGCUUAUUUCGAGCAGUUUGAUGUCAUCACAAAAGAAAUAAAUUCCUGUGGCCAGAGGGGAUGUAUGAAGAUGAAAUGGUUAAACCAUGGAAAGACACUAAAAUUACUAAAAUCCACAACAGCUCGCCUUAUUUUUCUUGGACCCAAACUGUCAGGGUAUAAAACACUGUUUGUUUCUUUUUUAAACAUCAAUAGUUUUGCUGUAAAUAAAUAACACUGUAUAAAUUCUAACAAGUAGAAUAAAUGUUGAUAAGGCACUGCCUUUUUGAUCACAAACAGAAUACUGCGAAUGCAUUGAGCAGGCUAGGUGUCUCAAGCGGCUACACCUACAGGGAUAUUCUGGGUGUAUCUUCACAGAUUCUUGUAUAUUAGCAAUUAUAAUGUUUGUAUAUGCAAAAACGCUAGCUUGAUUUUAAAAAAAUCUUUAAAAUCUGCUGCAAAUUUAAAUGAUUCCCAAAAUGAGGAAUUCUGUAGUUCUGUGAAAAUUUUUCUUCAGAGUACUAAUAUUUUGAUGCAUGUGUUUCACCUUAUUUUGAUUAAAUCUUUUCCAGUUUUGCAAACACUAUACCGCAACAUGAAAAAUAAGAUUUUAUCUGUAAACACAAAGCCCUUCAUCUAAUAUUUGUUGCUGUUGCCAAUUUUUCAAUGAAAUGACCUAAAAACCAUAACAUAUACAGUAGUUGCAUUAUGGGGAGGGGGGUGCUAUCUGUUCUCGCUUUAUAAUGGGGGUAAUGCUUGCAGCUUUAGAAGUGGGUUGGUGCUCAGACGGGCACAAGUUCGGGAUAUUUUUAAAUGAACUGAAGAGAAAUUAUUAGCUAAUAGACUGGCAGCACGCUGUAAAAUUAUUACUGUAUUGUGUACUGGCUAUAAGAUGUAGAAUCUUUCAGUAAGCCAAUCAUCUGUAAUCAUCCUAGCAGUGUAAUAUUAGGUUGUUAAGGCUGCUGUGUUUUAAAGGGCAUUUUUAUUUGGGUUUUGGUGAAAUACUUUGAUUUGUUGAUUAUAUUCAUAUGGAAACAGCAUUCAUUGAUAAUAGCUCUAAUUACAUAUGUAUGAAAACAACAAACACUGGAUGACCUAGUUGAUUAUUUAAGCAUAAAAUAAAUUGUGUUAAAACUCUUGGA